AUGGCAAAGGAUAAGUCGAAGCCCAAAGGAGCGCUGACCCCAUAUGCGUUGUUUUUGCAGUCAAUGCAUGCUGAUCAGAAAAAGAAGCAUCCAAGCGUAACUCUUGACUUCAAGACAUUUUCCAAAGAAUGCUCUGAACAGUGGAAGAAUCUCACAGCAAAAGAAAAGAAGAAGUUUGAGGACCUUGCUGCUAAAGACAAAGAAAGAUAUAGGAAGGAAAUGCAAAGCUACGAACCCCCCGCGGAUGAGGGCAAAAGCAGGAAGAGGAAAAAGGAUCCUAAUGCCCCAAAGAAAGCUCUGUCAGCGUUCUUCUUGUUUUGCAACGACGAGCGACCAAAGGUUAAGGCAGACCAUCCCGAUUGGAAGGUCAGUGAGAUAGCUAAGGAGCUAGGGAAGCGGUGGGAGACGUGCAAAAACAAGUCGAAGUAUGAGAGUCAGGCGCAGGUAGAGAAGCAACGUUAUGAGAAAGCUAUGGCAAAAUACAACGCAGGGAAGAAGGCCAAGUUGGACUCUGACUGA